CCCUGUUGGUGUGAGGCGAACAUGCUAACCACUAAGACACCGUGUCCCCCGGAUUAUGUAUUAAAAACUUAAAAUCAUUAUGGGGAAAAAGUGUGUGUGUGUGUGUGUGUUUGUGUGUGUGUGUGUGUGUGCAUAUAUAUGAGAGAUUUUAUUUUCAGAUUAAAUAAGUAAUGAACAAACAUGAAGAGAACGCUGACUGAAUUUUAAAUGCCCGUCCAAAAGAAAAGCCCACUUGUGUAAUGAAGUAACAUCACCUCAUUAGUAGAACCAGAGCCAAGAGGCAUGUGCGUAUGCAUUUUCCCAGCUCGAGCACGGAUUUGCUCAGUGGUUCAAGCCUUCCGCUGCCUGUCUCCUACUAGUCCAAGGAAUUCUGACGGAGUGGUACAGACGUCGUCGGCUCCCUCUUUAAAUGGGGUCUCAUGACUGAGAACUUCCUCAGUUACUUCAGAAGAAACAACACAGAUUUGCCCCGGGGUCAGUGGUGCGAGUGCUGUGAAUAAUAUACAUCCUUAGCCAGGUAAGAUGCUGGGAUGGAUUGAAGAAACACUAUAUAUAGACUUGAACAAGUCUCGAUAUUAUUCAUUAUGCUACUGUAAAAGUGAUAGGUUUGUGUGUUAGGAUGGUGGACUAACAGACUUCUGCACCAACACUUUUCAGCAGAUAGACGCUAAUACUUAUUUCUGAUAAUUUCUUGGUCUUAAAUUUUAAGGUCUUUGUAAUAGAAAGCAAGCGCUUAUGGAUAUGUCUGUGUAUUUGAGAGCAGAACCCAUAUUUUUAAGUGUUUCAGGUGUCUACUGCGGCCAUGCGUCACCUGUCGUUGACCUCCUUUCUCUGUCUAAUGAUGGUGGAGAUGGUGUUCUCAUGCCAUGGCGAUUCAGUUACGAAUUCUGACACCGAGUUCGGCACCGGUCUCUACCAAGCACUCGCCGAGAAAGACAAUAGCUCCAACUUGAUUGUGUCUCCAGCAAGCAUCUCUCUGAGUCUGAGAGUGUUGCAGCUCGGUGCAAGGGGCAACACGUUGGCGCAGCUCGAACGAACCGUAGGAUUUGACUCCGACGACUCUAGUAUCCUGGAGGCGGAGGCUGGAUCUCAAAGCAGCUGUGACCUGUACGAUUCUGCCCAGGGUGCUCGACUCCAGUUUACUAACACCCUGCUCAUCCAGAGCGGCACCCACCUUCGGCCGGAAUUUACCCAGAAUGCUAUGCAAUGGUGCAACAGCAGCCUGAUUAAUGUAAACUUCAGCCUUCCCAAUUACACACAAGGUCAAUCCCAAGAACCAACAAGCAGCGGUGAGGCGAGAGACGCGAUAACAGAGGGCUCAUGGUGGGUCACGGUGCCUUCUAUGGCAUUGCUGAGCUCAGUGGACUUCCGGGGAACCUGGCAGAAACAGUUUCUGUUCAGAAGGACACAAAACCGGCCUUUCUCUUUGGCUAAUGGCAGCACCAUCAACGUCCCCAUGAUGUACCAGUCGACCAAAGUCAUGUUCGGUCAGUUUCAUUUGCCAACAGAUCAUCGCUACGCCGUCCUCGAGCUGCCCUACUUUGGCAAAUCCCUAAGCCUUUUGCUGGUAAUACCGAGUGACAGGAAGACCCCACUCUCACUGUUACAAACACAACUCACUGGCCACACUGUGGCAUUCUGGGAUACAGGACUGCGUCUCACCAAGAUGGAUGUCUUCCUUCCCAGGUUUAAACUGCAGUCUCGGCUCAACCUGAAGCCCGUCCUCCGGUCACUCGGUAUUUCAGACGCGUUCGAUCCCUUCGUUGCUGACUUCAGAGAUACAGAGGGUUUCUACGUGUCAGAGGCCAUCCAUCAAGCCAGGAUAGACGUGACGGAGGAUGGAACUGCAGCAGCAGCAGCCACAGCCAUGGUGCUGUUGAAAAGAUCCAGAGCACCCGUGAUGAAGGUGGACCGGCCGUUCCUCUUCAUCCUACGCCGUGUAAACGGAGGUUCAAUGCUGUUUAUAGGCAGAGUGAUGAAUCCAGCGGAGUAGAAAAAUCUGCACACAAGCACCCUGUAACACACACAAACCCCAUCUGUCUCCUCCCUCGUGGGUGGCUGGGGGUGAAAAACCCGUUCGGGGACCAAUAAGAGGGAUUUGUACAUAUCUGUAAAUAAACACUACUUUUUACACCAGAA